AGUAAAGUGAAUAAUAAUUAUGGACAUAGCUUUAUUUUCUCCAUCUUCACUGUUUCAUGAUUCUGAUGAUACAUCCUCAGAUGAAGAAAGAGUUGAAAACAGUCAGACAUAUGUUGAAAGGAAUCAUCAAUUUCCUGGAAUGGAACUGCUCAUUCGAGAAUUUUCAUUUCACCAGAUGAAUGCUAAUCUUCUAUGGCCAGGAACAUUUGCAUUUGCAGAAUGGCUAGUCCAAGACAAGUCAAAAAUAGAAGGACGGCGCAUCAUUGAGUUGGGAAGUGGAACUGGUGCAUUGGCCAUCUUUUUGAAGAAGUUAUAUCAGGUAGAUAUUACAACUUCAGACUACGAUGAUCAGGAAAUUGAAGAUAACAUAGCUCAUAAUUGCAAGGUUAAUGGAGUUACUCCUGUGCUUCCUCACAUCAAGCAUUCAUGGGGUGAUCCAUUCCCAAAUUCUUGUCCAGAUUGGGAUCUCAUUAUUGCUAGUGACAUCUUGCUUUAUGUAAAACAAUAUCCAAACUUAAUAAAGACUCUCUACUUCCUUCUAAAGUCUUACAAGCCACGAGAAAUUGAAGCAACAUCUUAUGCUCAGGAAACUCAGUCAGAACUGCCUCGGCCAACGUUCUUGAUGAGUUGGAGAAGAAGAAUCGGGAAAGAAGAGGAGUCAUUAUUCUUCACUGGCUGUAAAACUGCUGGCCUUCAAGUGCAGCAUUUGGGAUCCCGGAUAUACAGUAUUACACCUGCCAGGCCUGCAAUAACUGAUAAUUAGGUGAGUUCAUGAUUGAAGAAUGCUUUUUUAUACCCCUAAUCAUGACCAAGACCAAUGGGUAAUUUCCUUUUGAGUUAGAAACCGAGACUAGGACCAUUUGUUUUGUUAGUUAAACAAGUUAGGACCAUUGUUGGUCAAUCGCCAGGAACCAGUAUGUAGUGAACCGUUUAAUCAUAUUCGCUCAUACAAGACAUUGUGGAACUUUAUCAAGAAUAUUCAAAGAAUUUCCAAUCA